GGUAUGAAUUUAGCAAAGAACAAGCAUUUGUAUUAAUUUCUCAUGAGAGAAUUGGGAGAAAUAAAAGCUCCAAAGAAGGAGGUGAUGUGGAUAUAUGCUUAGUAUCUGAUACCACUCUAGAAGGGAAGACUAUCAAACAAACAGCUCAGCGUAUUAUGAAAGAUAAACUUAGUGAAAAAGAUGUAAAGGCAAUAUCUAGAACCUUAGUCAAAACAUUUUCUGAUGCCGUCGUUGCCUUAUCCCGCCUCUCUAGGCUUCAAAGAGAAUUACGGCCCCUCAACGCUUUAGAAAAAAUAAUUUCUGCUACAUUGAAUCUGGAGAUAACUAGGUUAUCCAAUAAAGUUCAAAAGGAGCAUAGCGAGCAACGCGAAAAUGAAGGAAUUGAUUUUCCAGACCACUUCUCGUUAGAAUUGGUCAAGAAAAGAUUGGAUAAAUCACUAGAAAAGAAUAAGGAACGGGCUAAGCAACUCCUUACUUGGAUUCAGGAUAAUAUUUGUUCUGGACAGUUAAAGGACCCAGGAAAACUUGGAUCUACGUACUUAAGUACAUUUCUGAAAAAAGACGAAUUUAUUCCUGAAAGUGGUGAACCAUUACUUCCUAGCUCUUUACGCAAAUUAGGGGCAGUAUUUGCUUCUGUAGCGCAUGGGCCUAAAAAUGCAUCAAAGGCUAAUACUUAUGCCAGUGAGGCAUUAAGGCAUAGUCCCGACAACCACACUUCUCCAUCUAAAAGAUAUACUAUAGUCAAUAUGCGGAGAAGAGGUAAACCAUAUAAUCAAGCAGAGGCAUUCAAGCUCUUCGAUGAAAACUGA